AGCGAAGUAGACAAACAGUCGAAAUCUGAAAGGAAAUCAGUAUUUAAUUUUGAACAAUAUGGCAAGUACAAAACAUCAAACCGAUGGCACAAUUACUUUGAAGGGAUCAUCUGAUCUUGUUAAGGAAUAUCUAGAUUAUGGGAUCAACAGUAUUCUAUAUCAGCGUGGUAUUUAUCCUGAAGAGACAUUUGUGCAAGCAGAACAUUUUGGUAUUACAGUCUUUAUGUCAACUGAUGAAAAGAUUAAGUCAUUUCUAAAAUCUGUUUUAGAUCAAAUUCAAGGUUGGCUUUUACAAAAGAAAUUGCAGAAGAUAUCACUUGUAAUAUCAAAUUCAGUUACAAAGGAGGUGCUGGAACGAUGGGAUUUUAAAGUCCAGUAUGAAGGUGAUGCAAAUGGAAGUGCUGUAGAAAAUGGAAGAAUUAUUGGAAAGAAAGACUUGACAGUUAUCCAGAAAGAAAUACGUAGUGUUUUGAGACAAAUCUCGGGAUCUGUAAGCUUUUUACCUCUACUGGACUGUCUGUGCGCGUUUGACGUUCUGGUCUAUACAAUACCAGACUGUGAAGUGCCACAAGAGUGGGAUGAGACACAACCCGCCUUCAUUGCUAAUGCACAAGAACUGUCUUUCCGAACAUUCUCUACGUCCCUUCAUAGAAUGGAAACCCAUGUAAGUUACAAGGUUGAAUGAACUGGAAUAGUGCAUGGCUGCACAAACAUUUUGCACAAGUUUUCAAAUCUGUUUAUUGUGAAACAUGACCAUGACUUGUGUUCCAUUUAUGAGUAUGUACAGGCAUGUGUAUUCAUGAG